AUAUGAGAGUGAGCAUUGCAGAUGGGAGGUUUAAUACAGAGGAAGAUGGAGGUUGUUUAGCCUGUCUAAUUGGGUAAUUAUGAAACUGAGUAAAACAAGACUCAACUAGAUGAUAUUAAAAGUUCAAAGCGGUUACAGCUGAUUUAGUAUCUGACUUGUAAACAGAGUGAAUGCAUGAAAAGGCCUCACAGCAACCACAAUACACACUGCAGCUGAGAAAGACACUUCAACUCAAGUCUAACCCUGGGGGGGAGGAACAUAGAGGAAAGGGAAAGCAGCAGCAGCAGAGCCGCUGUUCCCCUGCAGCUCGGCAGAGGGAAACGUUGGACCCUUUUUCCUCCUCCAGCCUCAGACAAUAAAAACAAGGCGAAGCCCGCACACACACAUACGCACACACACACACACACACGGCAGCAUCUCCAUUCACCGCCUGAGAUCCGAGCCAUGUCUGAGGAGUGAGGAAGGCUCUCUCACACACGGCUGGGAGGACUAUGGACACACGGCCGACCUGGAGCUGGGACUAGAGAUGUAGAAGGAUGCCAGCAGACUUCAUCUCCCGCUUGCUCCUCUUCGCCUCGGUGUGCGCGGUUUGGGAGGCGCUGGCCAAAUCUCUCCCAGAGCAGGGAGCAGUUGAGGUGCAGAUUAAAGUCCAGGUUUUCGACAACAGCGACCUGUCCCCCUUGGCGGACGCUCAGGUGGAAGUUCACGGGAAUCAGACCGUCUUGGCGUCCAGCAGGGCGGGCAGGGAUGGCGUUCUGAGAGUCAGCUUCCCAUACCGCACGGGGACAUGGGUCAUCAUCACAGCCUCCAAACAGGACUACGUCACCAACUCUGUGCCCUGGCACUCCAGCAGAAUCCCACUGUAUGCAUCAGUAAGCCUGUACCUCCUCGUCCAGAGGCCAGGGACUCUCAUCCUGUAUGAUGACGUCCUGCAGGUGCUGUCUGGAUCUCCAGGAGCUCGUAACCAGCCGCUGGUGCAGCUUCAGAGGAAAUCCCUUCAGCUGCCGUCAAACUCCAACUACACGGCGCUGUCUGCCGCUCUGACCACGGCCAGGACUCAGUAUGAGAUCGGGGGUUUCCCGUUCCUGCUGGGGCAGGAGACCAACAGCUCAGGUGCAGAAACCGGCUGGACAGACCUGACAGCUUUAGCCGUGGUCAGCAUUCAGCUCUUCGACAAAGAUGGCACCCCGAUCCAGGUCUCGGAUCCGAUCCACGUCUCUGUGCCGCUGCCGUCGGACACUCGCAACAGGAUGGCUACGAGUGUUCCUGCAUGGCUGUAUCAGCCGAGGACGGGUCUGUGGGUCAGGAACGGGACAGGCUACAUCAAGAAGGACGGCCAGCAGUUUGUGUGGAACGUUGUGGUUCCUCAGAUGGGAUACUGGUUAGCCGCCUUCCCGUCGUCUUCAGGAUUGGGUCUGUCUCAUCCAGGCCUGAGGGACAUCACCACCUACCACACCCUGUUCCUGCUCUCCAUCCUGGGCUCCCUGGCCCUGCUUGUGCUGAUUCUGCUCUGCGUGCUGCUCUACUACUGCAGACGAAAGUGUUUGAAACCUCGUCGACAGCAAGGGAAGCCUCACACAGCCAAUCUGAACGGUGCAAAGAGAGACCAGGGCACAUCUACGUCCCGCCUGAACCUGAUCUGUGGAGGUCAUGUGGAUUCUGCUGCAGCUAAUGACAAAUCUGAAAUGUCCCCGUCUCGAGACUACCGCAGCUCAAAGGAGGACUUAACCAAACAUGUCCCUGCACACAUGCUGCGACACGCCAAGGGGAAGAAUAAUUCAGGCUCCCAGCGAGGUGAAAGCUUCGCUAUGAAGGUCACACGAGCAACAGAGACCAACAACCUGGACAACCCUCUGCUGCAUGAAGACUACAACCGGAGCUACAGCCCCAUGGAGGGGAAGGAGUCUGAGUACCACCGACACCACAGCGCCAACGACAAUCGAGGGUACUCCUCCGAUCCCCCGUCCCCGCCUCGCUUCCAAGGAUACGUGCCGAGCCAGUCAGACAAACCUCCUGAGUACUCAGCCACAGCUGCAGACGGCCUCGCCAGACCCACGUCCCUCAACACCCAGCCAGGUCAGAUCAUCUUCUGCAGCUCCAUCGAUCAGAUGAAGGAGAACAUGUACCGCAGCAUGGUGCCCACCCUCGUCAUCCCGGCCCACUACAUGCGCCUGCCCUCUGAGUUCUCUGGUAAAGAUGGAAAAGACCAAAAGGAUGGAGACAAAGACGGAGCACAGAUGGGAGGAGGCCAGCAGCAUCACCACCACCACUCCGGGAAACAAGGUCAGCAGUCACAGCAAGGUGGAUCCCAAGGUGACGACUCAGAGGAGCCCAGCUGGGCGUCCGACUCCUCCGGUGGGCCGGUGACGAUCCCCGUGCUCUUCAACGACUCCACCAUGGCUCAGAUGAACGGCGAGCUGCAGGCUCUGACGGAGAAGAAGCUCCUGGAGCUGGGCGUCAAGCAGCACCCGAGAGCCUGGUUCAUCUCCCUGGAUGGACGCAACAACGCUCACGUCCGCCACUCCUACAUUGAUGUUGCGAAUGAUCUGAGUGGAGGUGGAGGUUGUGGAUUCUUGAGUGGUCCGAGCAGCGCUGGCCGAGACAUCAAUCUGGAACCGCCUCUGGAGUCGCAAGAACGCAAGUCCGGAGUGAACCGGAAGGGCAAAGAUGAGCGCUGGGGGACAGGAGGACGGAAGAGCCAUGGUGUCAGCAACAGUGGAGGGAAGACCUACUCCAAGCUCGCCUACCCGGCGGACCACAGCGAUCCCAGCAGCAGCAGCGAGGGCCGCCCGGUCUCACCCGAGGAGAACUCCCUCACCCCGCUCCUCGACGAAGGCCCGUCCUCCCGAGGGUCCACCAUCCCCAGGAGAGGGCGCAGUCGUGUGAACAGCAGCCGCAGCAGCAACAGCGAGAACCGCCGCGACUCCAUGACCAGUCCCGAGGACGAUCCAGACGACAAAGACGAGAACAAGAAGAGUCCCUGGCAGAAGAUCGAAGACCGGCCUCUCAUGGUCUUCCACCCCAGGAAGUGAACUCUCCGAUCACUGGACCUUUUCAUGAUCUUAACGGGGGGGAAUCUGAGUGAUGUGUUCACAGAGAGAUCUCACAAUAAGCACAACCAUGCUUCACUGGUCCAUUUUCAGGUUGUUGUUUGACCUUUGUGUUUCUGGUGAGGUGCUUUUGCACUUUUCGUAGUCUUACUGUCGGUGAAUCUCACUGGUCUCCACUGAGAAGAUCUGUCGCGUUCUGAAACCGAUCCAGUUUGUUGUGAACUGUGUCACCUAUCACGUCACUGACCCAUCGUCUGAGCCGUUGCAUCUACUGACUGUGGAAAUAGCCAUUUUAUAGAGCAGAAUAUAAGAGUAAAGCACUUACUAAUACUUUGAUAGAUCAUUGAAUGAGACUCGUGAAGUAUUUGGAGGUAGAUGGAGUUUUAUGGGAGUGGUGGGUAUAGAGUUAGUUUCCUUCCCUGGACUCCUGAGGUUCAUAUCGAUGGUAGAAGAUGUGCACUUGUUCCUUUAUAUACCUUGUUCCCUUGACUGUAAGUAGAGUAAGUUUUCUUUAAAGGAAACGUCGUCCCAGAGCUCGAUAUGUUUGAAACAUAUCACGUGUUCUGAUUUCUCCCCUGUGAUGGAUAAUGCAAUCUAUUAGAUCCACCGUGCGGCUUGCAUUUUGCUCCUUCAGGGAUGUUCUUGAUUUUCCUCUUCUUCCUGUAUUGUGUUCAUGUGUUCGAUCUACUUAUUCAGAUUUGAAAUGUUGAGCAUCGUCUUCAUCCUCUCUGUCUUGAUUAAUCUACGUCUCUGCCAAAAGUUUUUUGCAUAUCUGCCUUUCUCCCGUUGUCGAAGGCGAAGACUUGAAUCUUUGCGGUUUCCUGACGUGUAAAUAUAUUCCCAAACAUUUGAAAGACCAUUUGGUAAAGAAAGUUUGCAUGCAUACACUAUGAAUGUAUGAAAUAAAGAGAAGGCACCAAAAGCCCCCCACAGUUCUUCGGGCUCCUGCGUAGACAACCCCCCCAACCGCCAAGAACCGUUGUACCAUCACUUUACUUGAAGACUCACCUGUUUGAUAUCCGACUGAGACCUACAGGGGUUGUUUGUAGGCAGGACCUGUACCACUCCUCUCCUGUAAGUGCCUUCUUUCACAAAGGAUCGAGUGAUAGGCAUGCAGGUCCCUUUUUAAAUGCAGUUAGACGUCACCUAAACUAACCCGUCGAGAUCGGCGAGCACUAAUAAGCACACUGCAUCGUGGUAACAACAACAACUCGUCACUCUGGGGAGCAUGCCUGCCAAAACUUACGACUUUUCUUGCGGCUUUUACGUCCUUGAAUAUCUUGAUUUCUUGUAUCUAUCCUCUUUUUCACCAAACUUGUAAAUGGUAUGAUGAUAUAUGAGAUUUUAUGUGUAUAACGAUGUGCAUGUAACUUGUAGAUUAGGGUGUUUUUAACGAAUCCUUUUUCGAGCUGAUCCAGGAUGUUUGGCGUUUAAAAAAAAGAAAAAAAAAGUGAUGCACUGAUGCAUUGAAUUGUGUUGCCAAAUGAACUUGGUUAAACGAAGAUACACUGACUUUUCCCUUAAUCCAGUUCUAACAAAUUCACUUCCGGUCGUUAAUGUUUACAACAGUGACAUACUGACCAACACGCGCCCGCUGUUUCUAGCGUCACCACUGCCUACGACACAUCAACAACUGUGAAUUAAUUACGUCUUCAUGCAGAUUCUGAAAUUCCUGAUUUUUGAGGAGUGGAAAUCUUUAAAGGCUGUGUGGAGGGUAACGCUGAUCUGUUGGUCCUUAUCUCCCAUUUGCUUGCUGUUCAUGCGCGUGUGUAGCCUACAGAACAAACUGAAAAUGUGAUGUGAUUCAAAGUUUGAAGAAAAACACGGCCAUGAAACGACUCCUACUGAACGGUCGUACCCACUGCUGUAACUGUACAUUUCUUUGGACCAGAUAUUGGACUAAUUAUGAGUUGUGCAAUCGUGGUUUCCUUGCUUGUUAUUUUUGUUAUGUUAACAUGAGAAGACCUGUUUUCUCAGUAGAUUUUGUGAACCUGUGUUUGGACAGAGAGAGUUCAGUCACAUGAACUGAAGAGGUAAAGAGGGUGUGUUGGGGUUAUUGAAGAGGAUUGAACUGUAGGCCUUCAUCCUGUGCAGUGAAUCAUUCGCUUCAUGAACCUGGUCAGUUGUUUGUAAACUGUAAAUUGAUUCUUUCUGUACAUGAGGAAAAAUGAAAUAAAUUUGUUCCCACCGUCA